AUGGGAACAGGGGCGGAUAUUAUCAAAAAACUCACUCCGGCACCGAUGCCAACGUUGAACGCAUGGAACACGAUUCGAGCGGGCAAUCGACUUAAAUCUGAGGGAGAUGAUUUAGAACUUGAUGCAAAGGGGUCGAGCAAAGAGAACACGAAUGGACUUAAGGAUUCCUUAGAGUCCGCGAAACGGGGGCCGAUUGAAAGGGAACAGAAGUUAGGAGCGGUAAUGACUGCAGCAAAGACUACAGAAGACACAGAUCGUGGUGAGCUAGUGUAUGUGGGGGAAAAUACAACAGUUGUAAGACCAAAGUUUAAGAACAAAACAUGGUCUAGGAAGGAUGCUACUUCGACGAUUAAAGGUCGCAGUCGUCGAAGGGCGGGAUCACAUACUGCAAUACACCCUACGACUUAUCCUAACGUCACGAUGACGAACGACCUCUUUGGAGGAGGAAAUUUUUACCUGGGACCCGGAGGAUCGUACGGGGGAUAUGCGUUUGGGAAUCUUAGUGACCUUAUGCCACCGACGUAUACGCCGAUGUGUGUUAAUAAUAACAUACCUAUGCCUAUGCCUAUGCCAACACAUAUGCCGGGACCCAUUCCUAUGAUGGGAACUAAGCCUGAUGGCUACCCAAUGCCGCAGGGGAAGGGUUCUGACCCUUUUAUGGCUCUACCUCCAUCUCCAAUGCACCCGUACUUUCACCAGCUAUCACCCUCGCCUCCACUCGACCGGUAUCAGAUGCCAUACAAUCCAUACUAUCACCCAGCACACAUACAGUUGGAUCCCAUGUCCAAUCCGUACCGCAUACAGGAGAUUAAAAACCAAGUGCUUUAUUACUUUUCGCCCGAAAAUAUAAAUACUGAUGAAUACCUCAAGUCCUUGAUUGAUAAUACGACUGGAGGUGUGCUAUUGACAGAACUUAUAAAAUUUAAGCGUUUGAAUAUGAUGACAAAUAAUGGUCGUGAUAUAAUAAUAUUACAAAAUAUCAUCAAAUACGAGUGCUUUCCAGAGCUUGAACUCAUCCAGAUGAAUGAAGGAAUAGGGGUGAGAAGUAAAUAUUGGAUAAAUGGAUUUAAGUAG